ACUGCCCAGUGAGGAGGAGGUGGGUACCUCCAGGGCUGCAGCCAAGCGGGCAGUGUCCCCUUUCCCCAGCUCCUCUCCCAGGCGGGACACUGUCCCUUUAAUAGACUCCCUCUGCCUGGCGCUCUGCGGCUGGGGAGUAAAUUUCUCCCUGUCAUCAGGUCGCAGGGAGAAGAGGAGGAGUUUGUUAAUGUUCAGUUUGUUCAGCCGGGAUCGAUGUUUGCUGGCAUCGCCUCGCCCUGUCUUGUGUGUGUGUGAGUGGUGUGUGUGUGUGUGUGUGUGUGUGUGUGUGUGUGUGUGUGUGUGUGUGUGUGUAAGAGAGAGCAUAUGUGUAGGGUGUGAGUGUGCAUGUGUGUGUGUGUGCAUGUGUGUAUGUGUGUGUUAGCGAGAGUGCUUGUGUGUGAAAGCGAGCUUGCAUAUGUGUGUGUGUGUGUGUGUGUGUGUGUGUGUGUGUGUGUGUGAGUGAAUUCCAGAUUUUCUGUCUUUCCCAAACCCGCUCCUGUCCUCUCGCAUAUCACUCACAGACGGGGAUCUGACAGCAACAACAAACCUACAGUGAGUGAUCUCUCCCCAGCGCGAAUCCGCCAUCAAGAUCAGGGGAGAGGAGGAGGAGGAAGAAGAGGAAGAGGAGGAGGAAGAGGAGGAGAAGGAGGAGAAGGAGGAGAAGGAGGAGGUGGUGAAGGAAGAGGAGGUGGAGGAAGAGGAGGAAGAGGAGGAGGAGGGAAAGAGAAGGAAGAAGAAAAAGAAGAAAUCCACUGUCUUCCCAGGAUUGUUUUCCCCCUUAUCUUUAAGCGCGAGUGUGCGCGUGGCGCGUGUGCGCCCCUCAUCCCUGCCAUCUGAACCCCGUCUUGGAUGUUUAAUAAAGAAAUCAAGUGUCUCACCAGUCACCAAAAAAACAGCAAAAAGCAAAACCAAAAAAGAAAAAAAAAAUCCAAAAGCAAAACAAAAAGAGAGGGGGAAAAAAAACCAAACAAACAAACAAGGCAGAACCAACCUCCACUUGCAAGCAGCAGGCGCGAGCGGCAUAUCUGCCAGCCAGAGAGGGGGUCUCCGGCCCCGUGCUGGAGCGCUGGCAGGGAAAUCGUCAGGGGGACAGAGGCCGAGUGACGUCCUAGGAGCCACAGAAAGACGAGCGAGCGAGACUGCGGCCCCCGCGCGCGGCUCGGGGCUGGGGCGCCAGAAGUGAGACUGGAGCUAAGUAGAGCGAUGCCAAGGAGGAAACAGCAGGCACCCAAGCGGGCGGCAGGGUAUGCCCAGGAGGAGGUCCUGAAGGAAGAGGAGGAAUUAAAGGAAGAAGAGGAGGAGGAGGAAGACAGUGGCUCCGUGGCUCAACACCAGGGCAGCAAUGACACCGGGACAGAUGAGGAACUAGAAACAGGCCCAGAGCAGAAAGGCUACUUCAGCUGCCAGAACUCACCAGGGAGCCACCUGUCCAAUCAGGACGCAGAAAACGAGUCUCUCCUGAGCGAUGCCAGCGAUCAGGUGUCAGACAUCAAAAGUGUCUGUGGGCGAGAUGCCUCGGACAAGAGAGGGAACACUCACCCCAAGCUUCCAAGUGAACCCCAUAACUGCAUGGAUAAAAUGACAGCUGUCUAUGCCAAUAUCCUGUCAGAUUCCUACUGGUCGGGCCUGGGCCUCGGCUUCAAGUUAUCCAACAGCGAGAGGCGGAAUUGUGACACCCGCAACAGCAGCAGCAAGAACGAUUUUGAUUGGCACCAGGAUGCCCUGUCUAAAAGCCUACAGCAGAACUUGCCUUCCCGCUCUGUCUCUAAGCCCAGCCUGUUCAGCUCUGUGCAGCUGUACCGGCAGAGCAGUAAGGUGUGCGGUUCGGUGUUCACCGGCGCCAGCAGGUUCCGCUGCAGGCAGUGCAGUGCAGCCUAUGACACUCUCGUAGAGCUGACUGUGCACAUGAACGAGACAGGCCACUACCAAGAUGACAACCGCAAAAAAGAUAAACUCAGACCCACGAGCUACUCAAAGCCCCGGAAAAGGGCCUUCCAAGACAUGGACAAAGAGGAUGCUCAAAAGGUUCUGAAAUGUAUGUUUUGUGGCGACUCCUUCGAUUCCCUCCAAGAUUUGAGUGUCCACAUGAUAAAGACAAAACAUUACCAAAAAGUGCCUUUGAAGGAGCCGGUACCAACCAUUUCCUCCAAGAUGGUCACACCAGCCAAGAAGCGGGUUUUCGAUGUCAACAGGCCUUGCUCCCCCGACUCCACCACGGGGUCACUUGCAGAUUCGUUUUCUUCCCAGAAGAGCGCUAACCUGCAGCUGCCCUCCAACAGCCGCUACGGCUACCAAAACGGCGCCAGCUACACCUGGCAGUUCGAGGCCUGCAAGUCCCAGAUCUUAAAGUGUAUGGAGUGUGGCAGCUCCCACGAUACUUUGCAACAACUCACCACCCACAUGAUGGUCACGGGCCACUUUCUCAAAGUCACUAGCUCUGCCUCCAAGAAAGGAAAGCAACUUGUGUUGGACCCCCUGGCUGUGGAGAAAAUGCAGACGCUGUCUGAGACCCCAACCAGUGAGUCUCUGGCCCCUAAGCCAUCGAGUAACUCCCCCUCCGAGUGCACAGCCUCUACCACUGAGUUAAAGAAAGAGAGCAAGAAGGAGAAGGGGGAGGUCGGCGAAGAGGAGCAAGGUGUGAAAAGCGAGGAAUAUGAAGACACUCUACAGAAGCCACUCGACCCCACCAUAAAAUACCAGUAUCUACGAGAGGAGGACUUGGAAGACGGCUCGAAGGGCGGUGGGGACAUUUUAAAGUCACUGGAAAAUACCGUAACCACAGCCAUCAACAAGGCCCAAAAUGGUGCUCCCAGCUGGAGCGCAUACCCAAGUAUCCACGCAGCCUACCAGCUGUCGGAGGGCACCAAGCCACCCAUGGCAAUGGGCUCUCAGAUACUGCAAAUCCGACCCAACCUUGCCAACAAGCUAAGGCCCAUUGCACCCAAAUGGAAAGGCAUGCCACUCGGCCCCGUCCCCACAAGCCUGGCCCUGUACACUCGAGUCAAGAAGGAGACCGAAGACAAAGAUGAAGUCGUGAAGCCGUGUGGGAAGGAAAGUCCCCGCGAAGAGGCAACAUCUUUCAGCCAGCCCGAGGGUGAGUCGUUCUCCAAAAUCGAACCACCUUCAGAAUCCAGAAAGGCUGAGCCCUGUCCCCUGAAGGAGGAGGAGAAGCUGCCGAAAGAGAAACCAGAGCCGUUAGAACCAGUGUCUUCUCUGACCAAUGGCUGUGCGCCGGCUAACCACACCCCGGCUCUGCCUUCCAUCAACCCGCUCAGUGCCCUACAGUCCGUCCUGAACAACCACCUGGGCAAAGCCACUGAGUCCUUGCGCUCCCCUUCCUGCUCCAGCCCCAACUCAAGCACAAUCCCCAUGUUCCAUAAAUCCAGUCUCAACGUGGUGGACAAGCCGGUCAUAAGUCCCACCUCCACCAGGCCGGCGGCCAGCGUGUCCCGACACUACCUUUUUGAGAACACCGACCAGCCUAUUGACCUGACCAAGUCCAAAAGCAAGAGAACCGAGUCCUCGCAAGCACAAUCCUGCACGUCCCCACCUCAGAAGCAUGCUCUGUGUGACAUUGCCGAUAUGGUCAAGGUCCUCCCCAAAGCCACCACCCCAAAGCCAGCCGCUUCCUCUAGGGUCCCUCCUAUGAAGCUGGAAAUCGACGUCAGACGCUUCGAGGAUGUUUCCAGCGAAGUCUCCACUUUGCACAAAAGGAAAGGCCGGCAGUCCAACUGGAAUCCUCAACAUCUCCUCAUCCUGCAAGCUCAGUUUGCCUCGAGCCUCUUCCAGACCUCAGAGGGCAAAUACUUGCUUUCUGACCUGGGCCCGCAAGAACGGAUGCAAAUCUCAAAGUUCACGGGACUCUCCAUGACCACAAUCAGCCACUGGCUGGCUAACGUCAAGUACCAGCUUAGGAAAACAGGUGGCACCAAAUUCCUGAAAAACAUGGACAAAGGUCACCCCAUCUUUUACUGCAGUGACUGUGCGUCCCAGUUCAGAACCCCCUCUACCUACAUCAGCCACUUAGAGUCUCACCUGGGCUUCCAAAUGAAGGACAUGACCCGGAUGGCGGCUGACCAGCAAAACAAGGUGGAGCAGGAGAUCUCCCGGGUGUCGUCGGCUCAGAGGUCACCGGAAACAAUAGCUGGCGAAGAGGACACAGACUCUAAAUUCAAGUGUAAGUUAUGCAGUCGGACAUUUGUGAGCAAACACGCAGUAAAACUCCACCUAAGCAAAACGCACAGCAAGUCACCCGAACACCAUUCUCAGUUUGUAACAGACGUGGAUGAAGAAUAGUUCUGCAGGACGAUGCCUUAGCGUGGAUCUUCCCACCCGGAUUGGAUCUCCCUCACUCAGCGCUCCUUCUUCGUCAUAUCCUUGCUUCUGACUUCGGACUCACUGAUGACCUCCUCCUGACCCCUGGCUCUAUGAAGACUGCCAAGAAGAAGAAAAAGAAAAAGAAAAAAAGGAGAAAAAGGGGGGAAAAAAAUCACACCAAACAUUUCUCUUCAUCCUCACUAACAAUUUGGUAAUGAAGUAUUGAUUUCCACUUCUCUUCUUAUGAACGAUAUUAGAUUUUCAUUGAUAAACUGCAACGGGACUGUCGCUUCUCCGAGGGCCUCUUUUCACUGUCCAAAAGAAACAAAGUGCCACUGAGGAAAACUAAUGACUGGGAGCGUCCCCAUCCCUCUCUUCUCCAUUUGUAACAGGAAGGGGAGGGGGCAAUCACUCUUCCUAGUUUAAUGUCCAGCAGGCUGCUCUUGGGAGCGAACUUCUCAUGGUAACGUCCAUUUCCUAUUUAUAAGCCCCCUGGGAAGGUUUGUCUAAAGGAAAUGUUUCUGUUCAGUGUAACAAUUAAGGUUGCACCUGGAUUGCCUAGUCCUGCCCCUGCACCAGGGAGCCAUUCAUCACAGCACAGUGGAGGAGUUAUUAAGUUAAACCAGAGGUUGAGCCAAGAAAACCUCCCGACCAUGUUCGUCUUCUGGGAAACUUGUUGGGCUAGGCCGGCUUAACCGUGUGGCUGCCAAGGGCUUUGUCCUGUGCAGCCUAGGACGUGCUUGCUCGGUGAGGUUAUCCUGAGCAGUCUGGAAGCUUGGUUCCCAGCAUGCACCACUGUCAGAUGAGCCUGGCCACUGGGAAGGUGCAGAGUAGAACCUGAGAGAAAGCAAGAAGAUGGCCUCACUGAGGGUGCAAGGGGAAGCGGCCACGCUCGCUGUCUGUCUCUUCCUGUAGGACCUGUUGCCUCUGAAACGCAACUUCUCCUCCCAACCAGCCGAAUGCAUGAAAACAGGGUGUCCGUUUUUAAACGCGUUCCUGCAACUUUUUUCAUUAAAACUUUAAGGGCCCAAUUUUAAUUUGUGGAAUAUUCCCGUUAAUAAUGAGAUCUAAUUAAGACAUCCAUUAAAAGCCCGUUAAAGUUAAUUUAACGUAAAAAUUCCAAUAGAACUGUAUUAGAUUUUCUCCAUUAAAUUAACGUUAUGGAUUUUUAACGGAUGUCUUAAUUACACGUUAUUAUUAACGGGAAUACUGUAUUACACAGAUUAAAAUCAGGUCCUAAGUCAACUUGGAAAAGCUAAGAGCAUGUUUUAAUAUUAAAGUCUCGCAGACCUAGUACAUAGUUUGGAAGUACAGAGGAGGAUGGGUCUCUUCUAGCUGAGCAUUUUCUGUACAAUGCAGAGUAGCCUAUAAUAGAUAAAUCCAUCAUUUCAUUUAAACAAUGAGUCUCUUUAUUCUCAUAGGACAACAAAGUCUAGAUUGUAUUGUAAAUUGCCACUCAGCUAUAGGUGAAAUGCACAACAUUCGGAAACAAACGACUAUUUUAUGUUGUUGCUUUAAUUACCAAGGUUAUCAAAAAAAAAAAAAACUGACAAAACUUAGCCAAAUACAUCCUUUUCACCAUUUAUUAUAGAGGCUGCCUGUUGGAGAUGUCUUGGAAAUUUUGACAUGAUCCCUAAAUUCAACCCUGGGAUUUAAAAUAAAAUUUGAAGAAAAAAAAAAAGAAAAGAAAAAAAAAACUUAUUUACCUCCUAAGGAAAGUGUUACCCUUAUGCCACAUAUAAUAGCAAAUUGCUUUUUUUUAUGGUAUGCAUAACCUAGAUGGGGAAAAAUAUGGUGCUUCAGGGAAGGAGGGGAAAAGUAAAUGAAGUUCCAGGAAUGUCAUUCUGAAGUAAUGAGGCAUGGACGGAAAAUAUACCCCUCACAUCAUCGGAUUGAGAUGGCAGUCGGAAUAGCUUCAUUGAAGUGUCAGCGCCCAUCCAUCCAUCAAUCACCCACAAGGAAAAAUAACAACAGUACGGCGACUUGGCUUUUACGGGAUUUACUCUCGGGCACAGGGAACAGCGGCUCAGAGGUAGUUCUGACAUGAAAAGCAAGGUGCUGAUAUUAUUUUUUAUGAUGGGAGGAUCGUAAAGUGAAUUGAGAACAGAGAGGUCUGUCUUUGCUUAACCUGUUCAACCAGAAAUGAACGGAACUCGGCUGGAAAGGAACAGUCUUCAGACGGGUUAAGAUUGAAGGGUAGACUCAGCUGAGCACUGUCCUUCAACAGCGAGACUCUAUUAAAAGGGAGGGGGGAUAAUACAUUAGCAUGGAGGUUCUUGAAGCUGAUAAAAAUCGCCUGUUCCAACCCGGGGUUACUAGCAAAGCUACAUAAUUCAGAUCCUCUGAAACCAACCAAAUGCAAACACAGACCUCCUGAUCUGCCUGGGAAGAUGUAAUAAGCUUCUGGACUCCUGGGUAAUCGUUUCCCUCCUAAGACGAAAAUAAGAAUAAAUGCGCUGCUUUGCAUAUAAUCUAUACGGUUCUGUUAGUGCAAUUUCUCUGGUGGGGUGAAGUGGGAG